AUGCCGUGUCCUUGUAGUAUCAACAGUCUGCGGUCUUUUGUACGAGCCGUGGCACAUGUUGAUAUUCCUGCGACGCCAUCUUCAGUCUCGCGCUUUACCCUACUGAGGCCGCAGGCGGCAAUUCGAAGUCUUCCAGGCCACAGAGCUCCCAUUCAAUGUAGAUUCAAAUCUACCGAGUCGACGUCCGCCUCAGCUGUCGAAGAUGUUGAUUCUAUCCCAGAAUCUAACAGGAGUUUCAAGAGUAGGGAGAUGGACAAAAUUUUGUCUGCAACCACUGUCGCCGCGUUUUCACCAGAGGCAAUCGAUGCUAUUCUCGAGGAGUCGAAAUCAGCACCACCCAUUAUAUCCGAAGUACCAGUCAUUGACCGGAGCGCCCUGAGACUUCUAAACUCCCGAAAUAGCCAGUCCAGCGAAGGAAAGCACGAAAAGAGGCAGGGCGAGAAAGGAUUUAUCCCCGCUUCCAGAGAGGCGAAGGAAUCAAAUCAGGGAUUUGCGCUACGUUAUAGUUCUCCUAGGGCCCCUGUGUCUACCGCAUCCACGUCAAGAUCUACACGAGAGAAAAGAACAGCCGCCGGAGAUGAUAGAAAACCAGUGGAUAAUUGGGUGCCACACAAGGAACCAUGGCAGAUACAGAAGGCGGCGCUGAAGGAGAAAUUUCCAGACGGAUGGAAUCCAUUAAAACGACUUUCUCCAGAUGCUAUGGCUGGAAUACGAGCACUACACGCCCAGAUGCCGGAGAAGUUUACGACACAGUUUCUUGCUGACCAUUUCGAGAUCUCGGCGGAAGGUAUUCGCAGGAUAUUAAAAUCGAAAUGGGUACCGACCCCUGAGGUUCAAACAGACCGGGAGCUUCGAUGGUUUAGAAGAGGAGAGAGGGUCUGGAGCAGGAUGGCUGAGCUAGGUGUAAAACCACCACGAGUAUGGAGAGACGCUGGAAUUGGAAGGGGAAAACCUGAAUGGAUGAAGCCGCGUGAGGAAAGGCCCAAGCCGGCAUUAUUGACGUAUCCAAGGCGAGAAGGAGGAAACUUUGGCGAGAACCUCAACAAACCUCUGCAAAGAAGUCAUACGGAUGAGAUGCCAGAGCUGAUUACUACUCGGAGACCAGGUCCGGGAGAAAAUUCUGGGGAGAACCUCAACAGAUCUCUGCAAGAAAGUCAUAUGGAUGAGAUGCCCGAGCUGAUUACGACUCGGAGGCCAGGUCCGGGCCCAGACGAGCAGUGA